AUGGAUCCGGGCAGGAAAGCGAUGUUAUCACGGCGCGAGUCACCCAUUACAAAUAUUACUUCUCCUCGACAUGAUCCGAACAACCGAAUCUCUAAACCAUCCCGCCCAACAGCUACUGGACGAACGCCCGAUUUUCGACCGCCUCGUAACAACCAGACCAUGGAAGAUGAGCAGACAAGGCAAUGGGUCGCGCAGGAGGACAGCUUUGUUUUAAAGCAGGCGAAGAAAAAGGCUGAUAUCCGAGUUCGAGAAGGCAGAGCGAAACCAAUCGACUGGCUUGCGGUCAUUCUACGAAUUAUCGAUCCCGACCGAGAUCUUCUGGACGAUGAUGAAGAAGAAGUCCAACUUGAUGUCGUAGAUCCUGAAGGGGUCUUUGAGGGUCUCAGUGAUGCGCAGCUGCACGAACUGGAAAAUGAUAUCAACUCAUAUAUCGCCUUAGAGACAAACAAGACGAACAAAGAUUACUGGAAGACUAUGCAAAUCAUCUGCAACGAUCGUCGUGAACAGUUGAAACCUCGAGGCCCAGAGGGCAGAGCCGUAAGCUCUGUAGCUGCCGAUGUGGAUAAACUAUUGGCGCCAAAAACAUAUGAGCAGCUGGAGGCGUUGGAGAAACAAAUCAGAGCAAAGCUACGAUCCAAUGAGCCAAUCGAUGUGGAUUAUUGGGAGCAGCUUUUGCGAAGUCUACUCAUUUGGAAGGCAAAAGCGAAGCUCAAGAAGGUCUAUCAGUCUGUACUUGACAGCCGCCUAGAAAUUCUACGGAAGCAGCAGGAAGAAGACGCACAUGGAGUUCGUACAAAAUUGCAGGAAAUGCUGAUGGGACCAGCCGCCGUUGUUGAGGAGGGCCCUAAUAUUCCUGCCAGUUCGAGCGCGAGUGCUUCGCAGAGUGUUAGAGGACAGCCUAGAUUUGAGUACUCCCAGAAGUACGAUCCUGAGCCUCUGCUCAAGCUUCGAACGGAGGACAAGUCUAGUGAAGUGGUAGACGAGUCGGCAUUUCUUCAACAGGUUGUCUCCGAUCGCCGAAGGAUCUUGAAGUUAGGCUACGUUCCUUUACGCCAAUCGACUGCCGAAAAAGGACCCUCCACCGCAGUCAGUAAAGUCGCCAAUACCUCCGUCGGCAGCAGCGCUCUUCCAGGCACGCAGCGCUUUUCGGCUAUCGUUAACGAGGACUUUUCACAGGCAACCAAAGCUCUAUACGAGAGAGAAGUUGCUCGUGGGGUCAACGAGAAUGAGGAGAUCUUCACUGGUGAAGAGACUGUCGCAAAUGCAUCAAAACCACAGUGGGCAGACAAAUACCGACCAAGGAAACCACGAUAUUUUAAUCGGGUACAGAUGGGCUACGAGUGGAACAAAUACAACCAAACGCAUUAUGAUCAUGACAACCCCCCUCCUAAGGUUGUCCAAGGAUACAAGUUUAACAUAUUCUACCCUGAUCUCAUCGAUAAAUCGAAGGCGCCAACAUUUCGAAUCAUCAGAGAACACGGCAGAAAGAGAGGAGAAUCAUUUGCACCGGCUGGUGAGGAAGAUACUUGCCUAAUUCGUUUCAUAGCAGGGCCUCCCUAUGAGGACAUUGCUUUCCGUAUUGUGGAUAAGGAAUGGGAUUAUAGUGCGAAGAGAGACCGCGGUUUUCGAAGUAGUUUCGACAAGGGUAUCCUACAACUACAUUUUCAGUACAAGAAGAUUUACUAUCGAAAAUGA